AUGCCUGAUAACAAGUCCACCUCAGCACUAGUCUCUGCGACUCUACGAGAACACACUACGCCAUUGACCGAGCGGACUGAUGCCAUUAUCGCCGCCUCAAAGUCGAUAGCCGCACAGAAACAGACUUUGGUUCAGGAUACUCGGAAGCUAGCUCGACAGGCCGAAGAACUUGAGAAGACGAUAGGUCAGAGCGUCGACCAGCUCAAGGAGAUGGGUGAUCUUCAGAACUGGGCCGAGGUGGUGUUCCGAGACAUAUCUGUGAUUGAGGAGACGUUGAGGAUGGUAGAAGAGCAGGAAGCAGAGGGCGACCAGGGAGGUGAUGGUACAGACAGCAGGACAACUUAG